UUCUGGGAGGCAGUUUUGAGAACAGAUGGGAACACUGGAAAAUUUAGAGGACAUAUGGAGGGACAGUUUUGGGGAAUAGUUUUGGAUGGGUUCGUUUGAGGGGACAAUUUGGACUAUAUUUUGAGGGAUCAUUUUUUGGGAAAAUAUAUUGACAUUUGGAGAACGAUUUCAGAGAAUAUUCAAGGGAUUUUUUUGGAAGGACAUUUUUAGGACAGAUGUUGGGGUCAUUUAGGGGGAUGGUUUUGGAGAAACUUAAGGAAUUUGAAUAUGACAUUUUGGAAUGCAUUACAUGCUAAGUAAGGUUUUUUGGGGAACAGAUCUUGGAACAUUUGGGGGACAAUUGUGGCAUCUUGGGGUCCGUUUAAGAAGGAUGAAUGACAGAGGACAGUUCUGAAGGACAUUUAAAGGGACCCUUUUAGGGGCUCCUAUGGGAAGAUUUUGGAGGUGGGGUGAUGUUGGAAAGGGGGUUUUCACUAAAGGACCGGCUGGGUGCUGAUCUGGGGGAAAUUUAAUAGGAUGAUGCUGGUAGUGGGUGUAGGAUGGACCUGGGGGCAGAUGCUGGGGGAUGCAGACUGGGGGGAUGCUGUCUCAGACCCCCUCCCCAGGACUACCUCCCCCUGCAGCUGUGGCUCAGCCCCACUGACCUUGGCUCCUGCCCGCCCUGCGGCCCCUGCCCCAUCCCGAAGCCGGCAGCCAGAGGCAGGCGCCAGAGCCAGGAGUGGGGCAAAAGUGAUGAGCGGCUGCUGCAGGCCGUGGAGAGCAACGACGUGGCGCGGGUGGCCGCCCUCAUCACCCGCAAGGGGCUGGUGCCCACGAAGCUGGACCCCGAGGGCAAGUCCGCAUUCCACCUGGCUGCCAUGAGGGGAGCAACCAGCUGCCUAGAGGUGAUGCUGGCUCAUGGCGCCAACGUCAUGAGCACGGAUGGGGCAGGUUACAAUGCCCUCCACCUGGCCGCCAAGUAUGGGCACCCACAGUGCUUGAAGCAACUGCUACAGGCGUCCUGCGUGGUGGAUAUUGUGGACAGCAGUGGGUGGACGGCCCUGCAUCAUGCAGCGGCCGGCGGCUGCCUCUCCUGCUCAGAAGUGCUUUGCUCCUUCAAGGCACAUCUGAAUCCCCGAGAUCGGUCAGGUACAACACCCCUUCUCAUAGCGGCUCAGAUGUGUCACACAGAUUUGUGCCGCCUUCUCCUGCAGCAGGGGGCAGCUGCAAAUGACCAGGACCUGCAGGGCAGUAGGACAGCCCUGAUGCUGGCCUGUGAGGGGGCCAGCCCCGAAACAGUGGAGGUGCUGCUGCAGGGUGGGGCCCGGCCAGACAUCACUGACGCACUGGGCCAGGAUGCUGCUCACUACGGUGCCCUAGCAGGAGACAAACUCAUCCUGCACCUCCUGCAGGAGGCAGCCCAGCGCCCCUCACCACCCAGUGAGGAUGACUCAGGCGAGGCAUCAUCUCAGAACUCUGUGUCCAGCCAUGAAAAGCGAGGGGCUCCCAAGAAGCGGAAAGCACCUCAGCCCCCUGCCAGCAUCCCCGUGCCGGAUGACCAAGAUGCCUACGAGGAGAUCACGCGGCUGCGACAGGAGAGGGGUCGCCUGCUGCAGAAGAUCCGGGGCCUAGAGCAGCACCAGGAACAGAGGAAGCAGGAGCUGCCAGAGGCAGAGGCCAGCUCCCUCCACAGCCUGGAGAGACAGGUGCAAGAGCUGCAGCAGCUGCUGGCUGAGAAGCAGGAGGAGAAGGAGAGCCUGGGACGGGAAGUGGAGAGUCUGCAGAGCAGGCUGUCCCUGCUGGAGAAUGAGCGGGAGAAUACCAGCUAUGAUGUGGCCACUCUGCAGGAUGAGGAGGGAGAACUGUCUGACUUUCCAGGGGCCGAGGCUCUGCUCUCCAAACGGCUAAGCCCCUCAGCCCAGGAGCUCUUGGCCUCACUGCAGGAGCAGGUGGCUGCACUCACCAGACAAAACCAGGAGCUGAUGGAGAAGGUCCAGAUCCUGGAGAGCUUCGAGAAGGACGAGAUGGAGGUGAACGGGUCAGCCGAGGUCAUCCCUCUGGCCCUCUAUGACUCUCUUCGGGCUGAGUUCGACCAGCUCUGCAGGCAGCAUGCGGAGGCUCUGCAGGCACUGGAGCGACAGGAAACGUGGGGCGCCCCUGGGGAAGAGGAGGCAGCCGCUGGGGAGGGCAGGGGCAUGGGAGGCAAGACCACCAGGAACGGGCCAACGAAAAUGGAGCUUGACGGUGCCACGGCUCUGGGAUCCAAAGUGAAUGGAGCUGAGACCACAGACGAGGAGGCUACAGGCCUGGAAACUGUGGAAGCAGCUUCUGUGGGGGCUGAGGCCACAGAGACAAAAUCCACGGGGGCCGAGGCCACAGAGACAAAACCCACGGGGGCCGAGGCCACAGAAACAAAACCCACGGGGGCCGAGGCCCCAGAACCCGAGGCUCUGGAAGAGGGAGGAAAUCCAGAGGCAAAGGCCACGGGAGCCAAGGCCACAAAGCUGAAAGCAGAGGAACGGGAAAUGAGGGCCAGCGGAGCAGGCGGCGUGGAGGCCGUGCCCGCAGGCACAGAGACCACACAUGUGGAGGCCACAUUGGUGGGGGCUGCAGUCCCGAGGGCCUCCCCGGACCCGGUUCUCCACCCUGGUGCUGCGGAGGCCUCCGAACAGCUGCAGGCAGAGCUGGAGACCCGGAUUCGCGGCUUGGAGGAGGCACUCCGGCAACGGGAGCGGGAGGCGGCCGCCGAGCUGGAGGCGGCCCACGGCAAGUGCCAGGCCGCUGAGGCCGAGGCUGGCCUGCUCCGGGAGCGGAUGCGCCAGGCUGAGGGCGGCGGAGCCGCUGGGGGCGGUGACAUGGUCCAGCUGCGGGCCGCCCUGGAGCAGGCCCGGGAGGACCUCGGAGUCCGGGACGCCCGCCUCCGGGAGCUGGAGGCGGCCUCAGCCCGGCUGGACGAGGCCCGGGCUGGCCGGCUGCUGGCCGAGGAGGAGGCCCGGGGCCUGCGGGCAGAGCUGGAGCAGCGGGAGGAGGUGCGGCUGGAGCAGAGCCGGGAGCUGCAGGUGCUGCGGGAGCAGCUGGCCACGGCCACGGCCGCCGGGGAGCGGCAGCAGGCUGUGGCCGCCGAGCUGGGCCGAGCACGGGAUGCAGCUGAGGCCCGAGCGGCUGAGCUGUCCGCGGCCUGCGAGGAGGCCCGGCGGGGCCUGGCGGAGCUGCGCGAGGCUUCCGAGGCCCUGCGUCAGUCGGCGGUGCCGGCCUCUGAGCACCGCCGGCUGCAGGAGGAGGCCCUUGAGUUGCGGGGCCGGGCGGCCAGCCUGGAGCGGGAGGUGGUGGCCACGGGCAAGGAGGCCGCCCGGCUGCGGGCCGAGCUGGAGCGGGAGCGUGUGGGGGGCGUGGCCAGCCUGGAGCACGAGCGCAUCGUGGGCGCCUUGCAGGCUGACGUGGCCCGGCUGGAGGGGCAGCUGGAGGAGCUGGGGCGACGGCAUGAGAAGACCAGCGCCGAGGUCUUCCAGGUCCAGAGGGAGGCGUUGUUCAUGAAGAGUGAGCGGCAUGCGGCCGAGGCGAAACUGGCCACAGCAGAACAGCAGCUAUUGGGGCUACGGACCGAGGCCGAGCGGGCACGCCAGGCCCAGAGCCGUGCCCAGGAAGCCCUGGAUAUGGCCAAGGAGAAGGACAAGAAGAUCACAGAGCUCUCCAAGGAAGUCUUCAGUCUUAAGGAGGCCCUGAAGGACCAGCCAGCGGCCCCAGGCACCCCCGAGGUGGAGGCCCUCCAAGGCCAGGUCAAGGCCUUGCAGGAGCAGCUGAAGCAGGCUGCCAGGGACCACAGCGCAGUGGUGGCCUUGUACAGAAGCCACCUCCUAUAUGCCAUUCAGGGUCAGAUGGAUGAAGAUGUGCAGCGGAUCCUGAGCCAGAUCCUACAGAUGCAAAGACUCCAAGCUCAGGGCCGCUGAGCAUCACAGCACUGACCCUCCGCCCGCCAGGCUCACGCGUGGGGGCGUCCAGGCUCACGCGCUGACCUUCUAAGCUCGGACACCAGCCUGGGCCUUCUCGACUGUACUUAGCUGCGUCCACUGCCCCACUGGUCCCUGCACGCACUGGCCAGUGUCAUCCCCAGCCCUGACUGUGCCCUCACCCCCGCCGGAGACCCUGUGAGCCCCCUCUCCCGCACCCUGUCCUGUCGGUCCUGUAACGAGGCACCACCCCGGGCCCUGGGAAUAAAAGCUCUCCGAGCAGAGGA